AUGUCUUCGCCCGCCCCAGCACAGACGCGCCCACUGCCACCGCCGCUUCCACUGCACCCCUUUGCGCACAGCAGCGCCCGCAUCGAGGUGCUCCCCGCGGGCAUCGACAUCGAAGAGGAGGCCCGGCUGUACGAGGACAUCGUCUUUGACGAGUCCCCGAUCACACCGCGCCACCCGUCGCCCGGCCCGCCGAGCAUAUUCAGCAACGACAUCUGGCUGGGGGACAAUAUUGGGGAGAGCGCGGCGUUUGCGCGGGCCGUGGAGAUCGGCGGGUGGACAAGCGUGGGCGACGUCCGCGGCGGGGCGUAUGUCGUGUACGACUGUGUGAUCAAGACGAAGGAGGGGCUCGCCAUCCAUGCGCACAAGCGCUACAGCGACUUUGUCAAGCUGGAGCACGAGCUGCUGAGGACAUUGCCGCCCCCGCUCCGGCGCUCCGUCCCGUCCCUCCCCCCGAAGUCCCCGCUCGCGCGCUACCGCGCCGCCUUCCUCGCCAACCGCCGCCGCGCGCUGGAGUACUGGCUCGCGACGAUCCUGCUGCACCCAGAGAUCGGCGGCUGCGAACCCGCGCGACGCUGGGUCACAUCGUAG